CGGCUACAAACGUAUUUGCCCACUUUAAGGAUUACUCCAGUAUAUAUAUGAAAUUGGUACACAAACCAACCAAGCAAUCGUGAAAUUCUGAGCAUCGAUCGAGAGCUAGUGUCCCCAAUGCAAGGCAUGGCACACCAUCGUCGUCUUCACCGCCAGCUCCAACUCGUGUGCCUCGUCGCCGUCGUGCUGACGGCCGCCCCAGCUGCCCAUGCCAUCUUCCAUUUCGACUUCCGUUUGGACAGCGACAGCCCGUUCUUCGGCCGCUCGGCGGCUGCCAGGCAUGACAAUUGGCGCCGCGCCGCCCUCGAGAGCAACGCCCGGCAGGCGAGGAGGCUCGCCAAGGCCCUCGACAAGCUCAGCGGGGCCGCCCCCGGCGCCCCCGCCGCCGCCGCCACCGACAUCGCGGCGGCCGACGUGACCAUCUCCCCGUACGCCCACCAGGGCCACAGCCUGACCGUGGGCGUGGGCACGCCGCCGCAGCCCAGCAAGGUGAUCCUGGACCUGGGCAGCGACCUCCUCUGGACGCAGUGCAGCCUGGUUGGCCCCACGGCGAAGCAGCUGGAGCCCGUGUUCGACGCCGCCAGGUCGUCUUCCUUCUCCGUCCUGCCCUGCGACAGCAAGCUGUGCGAGGCCGGCACGUUCACCAACAAGACCUGCACGGACCGCAAGUGCGCGUACGAGAAUGACUACGGCAUCAUGACGGCCACCGGCGUGCUCGCCACUGAGACGUUCACCUUCGGGGCGCACCACGGCGUCUCCGCCAACCUCACCUUCGGCUGCGGCAAGCUCGCCAAUGGCACCAUAGCCGAGGCGUCCGGCAUCCUGGGCCUGUCUCCGGGCCCUCUGUCCAUGCUGAAGCAGCUGGCAAUCACCAAGUUCUCCUACUGCCUCACCCCCUUCGCCGACCGCAAGACGAGCCCGGUGAUGUUCGGCGCCAUGGCCGACCUGGGCAAGUACAAGACGACGGGGAAGGUGCAGACGAUCCCGCUGCUGAAGAACCCGGUGGAGGACAUCUACUACUACGUGCCCAUGGUGGGGAUGUCGGUCGGGAGCAAGCGGCUGGACGUGCCGCAGGAGACCCUGGCGAUAAAGCCCGACGGCACCGGCGGCACGGUGCUGGACUCGGCGACCACGCUGGCGUACCUGGUGGAGCCGGCGUUCACGGAGCUGAAGAAGGCAGUGAUGGAAGGCAUCAAGCUGCCGGUGGCGAACCGGAGCGUCGACGACUACCCGGUGUGCUUCGAGCUGCCGCGGGGCAUGUCCAUGGAAGGGGUGCAGGUGCCGCCGCUGGUGCUGCACUUCGACGGCGACGCGGAGAUGUCGCUGCCGCGGGACAACUACUUCCAGGAGCCGAGCCCCGGGAUGAUGUGCCUGGCGGUGAUGCAGGCGCCGUUUGAAGGCGCCCCCAAUGUCAUCGGCAACGUGCAGCAGCAGAACAUGCAUGUGCUCUACGACGUGGGCAACCGCAAGUUCUCCUAUGCGCCCACCAAAUGUGACAGCAUCUAGCUCAGCUGCUACUUAUGCUUUGCAGCUAGUACUAUAUAUACAAAGAUAAUUUAAUUUGUUUUUUUUGUGUAUCUUCAAAAUUCAGAGGCCAAGAUAAUUUCUCUCUCUAUAUAUAGGCAUUAAUCAUCUCAUCAUGAAACCUUUUUGUAGGGUAGACAUUCGUGCUUGCAUUCUGUAAUAGCCAAGGGAUAAAAACAAAAGAGAUGAAAAGAAAAGAAAUCAUGACCUUUGAUGCUUGACGC